GAAGCACGUGUUGUGUGGGUGGAGAAAUGGAACUAUGAUGUCAUGUUGAGAUUUGUAAAGGUUUGGGAACCAUUAUUGUCUGACCUCCUCACAGUGCAAGCCGAGGUCAUCCCGGCCAUCCUUGAGAGUGCGCAUCAGGGGCUGCUGAUUGGACGCGGCGGCUACAAGCCCAGAGAUAUUUGUGUGUCUGCACCGACAGGCAGCGGCAAGACUCUGGCAUUUGUCAUACCUGUCAUACAGGUGCUGAUGGGGCGGAUGGUGUGUGAAGUGCGGGCUCUGACCGUGUUGCCGACCAAAGAGCUCGCCCAGCAGGUCUGCAAAGUGUUCACAGCGUAUGCUGAGGGGACCGCUCUCAAAGUGGUGAUGCUGGCUGGUCAGAAGUCUUUCGCUGCAGAGCAGGCGUCACUGUCAGAACACAGAGGGGGCAUGAGGCGCAGCUUAGCAGACAUCGUUGUGGCCACUCCGGGUCGACUGGUCGAUCACAUCAACAAGAAUCCAGGUUUCAGUCUGGAACACCUCCGGUUUCUUAUUAUCGACGAGGCUGACCGGAUGAUUGACAGCAUGCACCAGUCAUGGCUCAGUCAAGUGGUGAAGGCGGUGUACAGAUCAGGAAGUGGACCAGAGACCAUGUCCAUCUUCAGGAGGACGGAGCCGACACACGUCACAGCAGCCAG